AAAGGCUAGAGCAUCAAAUGCAAAAGCAGAACUUGAUUUCCUUCAUGGCACCCACUGCUGCUACCAAUAUAACUGCUUCAAUGGAACAAUCUCAAAUUUACGGUUCAAAAAGAAGAGAAAAUCUUCAAGAACCAACUUCAGCAGGUGACUUCAGUCUGAGAGAAUGGGGUUUAAAGGCUCAAAUCAGUCGAGAAAAUACAAGAUCAAGAAGAUUUUCAGGAUCACAUAUCAGAAGUUUUAGAGAAGAUGCUGCCAGGUCUUUUAGAUCAUCCAUUACUAUCUCCAGCACUGCUUCUUCUCCUGGUUACCCUCUUAAAGAUGAGAUUGACCCGUCAACGUACUCCUUUACUACUGCUCUUAAAGCAUUGCAGGCAAGAGCAGUAGGGUAUAAUAGUUGGGAAUGUUCAUCACCAGAUGGUUUUGCAUUGAAUUCAAAAUGGAAUGAAGCAGAGAAAUACAUAUGUAAUCCUCUUUCAGGAGAAGUACCAAUGGAAUGUUUAUCAGCUAAAACACUCAGUGGAAGAUCGUUUCGUAGCUCGACGAUAAACAGAAUUACAAUGUCUGCUCCUCUUGUUUACUCUUCUUCUAACCCAUUGAGGCAAAUCUAUGCAAAGCAGCAGGCAGCAGAUCAUGAGUCUGCUCUUCAUUUCCCAAUUCAAGUAGAGAAGAAAAUGGAGGGUAUGAGUACUAGAGAUGUUGGGACACAAAGCACACCUCCUGAUCUUAGUUCAACUAGUUCUAGUCCUGCAUCAACUCCUCCUAUGACAGAAACAUAUUUCAAGAAAUGUGAAAAUUCUCCUAGUUGUAAGGGGAAAUUGAAAGAUGAAGAAAAGGGGACUAGCAGAUGACUUGGGUCCUUUUUUUAACAACAUGAUGCAUACAUAUUGGAAAUAUCUCAUGUUCAGUGGAAGUACAAUGAACUAAUCUCGACUGUUAAUUAGGAUCGAUUUUAUUUGAUCGAACUUGAAACUCUCCGGUCGAAUUAUACAGCCAUUAAUACAUACAAUGAAAUGCAUGGAAUAAUUAUGUGAUUUGUAGUGUCAUCUAAAAGUAAUUUUAAUAAAAACAAAACUUCCAUGCAAUUAUUGGCUUUCAGGCAGCCUGCUAAAUAGAACAAACAUUCAUUUGUGUUUAUCUAUGUUCUUCAGUAACAUUAUUCUGACAACAAAAGCUUUAUUUAUGUA